AUGGAAAAUAAAAAUAAUCUAUCAAUAAUAUCUGAUGUUUCUAAUGACAAUUUAGUGGUUGAUGGAGAUGUUGCAAGUGUAAAUGAUACAGCAACAAUUACAACAAUGCAAACACCUUUUUUACAAACUAUAUCUCCAGAAAUUUUAAACCAAGAUCAAAAUUCACAAAUGGUUAUUAUUGAUGGUGACGACGACAAAAAUAAAAAAUAUUUAAAUGGUGAUUUGAGUAUAAAAUCUGCUGAACACGUUUACGAGUUUCUCCGUAAAGUAAAAGAUGUACCAAGGAUUGAUCGUGGCCAUGUCAUUAAUAUAUUAACUCGGACACAUGACCCAAUCAUAUUACAAAAACUGGUAAAUGAUAGAUGUAGUUAUAUUUUAAGAAAUUGGAUAAAAGAAGAAGCAAAACUGCCUGAUAGUAAUUUACUUCUUAGGUUAUUGAAAACAGUUCAACAUCUACCUGUUGAUUUGGAAGUUUCAACAAGUUGUGGAUUAGGUAGAGUGGUUAAUAAUAAAAAGGUAAAAGAAUCUAAUAUACCUGGUGUCGCAGAUAUCGCGUCCAAAUUAUUAAAUAGAUGGCUACAAGAUGCUAGGCAAUUAUCGGAAUCUGCUAAAUUAAACCAACCUAUAGUAAAAGGUAUUUUUGAAGAUAUGUUUGAUUUUUCAAAUGUUGGCAACCCUUUGUCUUCUGCUUCUUCAAAUAUUUUCAAACCUCAAUCACCAAAUAUGUUUAAAAUAAAAGAUCCUACGAAAACCUUUCUCAAAUCUGAAAAAUUUGCAACAAAGGUAAUGUCAUCGUCAUUAUCACCAAUUAGUGAUAAUAAUAAUAAAGAAGAUGAUGUUAAAGUAUUUUCUGAAAUUAAAUCAUCAUCGUCAAUUUCUUCAAAAAAACGAAAACGUGUUAGUUUUGCACCAGAUUACAUGCUUGAGCAAGUGAAAUUGUUUGAAAAUAAAUAUCCUGAUGAUGUAGAAGAUGAUAUGUCAUUAUUGCCUGUUGGUUUUUCACACCAUAUUGGAGAUAUUAGAGAUUUUGAUCGUACAAAAAUUCAAGAAAGUCGUGAAAAACAAACCUUGGAAGUUAUUUAUCUUACAAUUGAUCAAGUGCCUGAUAAUCCACAUGAACCUGACGAUGAUGGUAGUAAUAAUAAUAGUCAAUCACUAAUCCCUCCAAAAAAUAUUCCAUUAAAUAAAAAGGAAAAAAAGAUUGAAAAAUUAAAACAAAAAAUUGAAUUAAAAGAAGCUUUAAAUGACGCAUAUUCCACAUGUUCAUGGAGUUAUGAUCCAAAUCAAAAUGCUUCUAAUAAUGUUGGCUUGGGCAUCGGAAUCGUAGCAGGACCGACACCAGGAAUUAAUGUAGUCAAUAAUAACGUAGGCGGUAAUAGUAAUAAUCAAGCUAUGCCAAAUUAUUAUUAUCAUCACCCAAAUCCUAAUAUUCCUGCACCGAUCCCUGUCCCACAACCUCCAUUACAAUUACCACAACCUCCUCUACCUCAGACACAACAACAACUUCCUUUACAACUCCCGCCCUAUCAACCAUCAAAUGCUUCACAACCAAAUCAACCACCUCAACCAUUAUUACAAUUUCCUUAUUUUGUUGGUAAUAAUCAUAAUCCAACUGUUCAACCAAACUUUUAUCCAUCACCACAAUUCCAAUUACCUAACAAUGCUCCUUCGCCUACACAAUUUCCAUUACCUAAUAAUGCUCCUCUAUCUAAUCAAUUUCAAUUGCCCAAUAAUGCGCCUUCACCCACACAAUUUCAAUUACCUAAUAAUGCACUUCAACCCAAUCAAUACCAAGUACCUACUAAUGCUCCCCCGACUACACAAUUCAUGGGGAUUGUUACAUCUUUAUCUUUAUCAUUGUUAAACCAACCUUUAACAAAUGAUCAAAAUCAAAUUAUUAAUAGACCACCAACAAAUUCAUCACUAGGAGGAGGGGGUCGAAUUGGCCCUUCUAGUUCAGGAACUGGUAGACCAGCCAGUGGAAAAGGAUCUGAAUGUUGGUAUUAUAAAGCUGGGCGAUGUACCUUAGGAAAUGAGUGCAAUUUUCUUCACAGUGAUCACUAG